AUGUUUAAAGCAAUAUAUCAUAAAGCCCCACAAGAUGAAAUUCAAGCCAUGUUUACCAAAUUUGAGACCAAAGGACUUUCUAAAUUUUGGAUUUAUAAUAAUUGGGAAGUAUUCAUUUCAAAAUAUGAAUAUGCAAAAGAUUUCUUAUCGGAAUCAGCUGAGGCGCUACCAAAAUGGUCGCUUCCUGACAAGCACCCAACAAGAAAAUUUUUGGGUGAUGGUUUAUCUUUUUCUAACGGACAAAAAUGGAUUACGCAUAGAAGGAUAGCAAAUCCUGCAUUUAACCGUGCACUUUCCCCAGAAGUUGUUGGGAAAAUAACAAUUGAUUUGAUAAAUUUACUUGAUAAAAUAGUUGACCAACCAUUUGAUAUCUUUAAAGUAAUGCAAAGAACCACCAUACAAGUUUUAGGAAAAGUUGCAUUUAAUUAUGAUUUCAAGUGUUUGGAAACUUUAGAAGCUCAACAUGAGAAAUUUUUUGAAGCAUUUAAGGAUGGAUUUAGUUAG